AUGCCAGAACUCGCCGUAUUAGAGCAGGGAGAAAAAGGUAUUUCUACAAAAGAUGAUUCGCAAUCUCCGAUAAAUUUCAACGAUACUCUUGAUGCUCCAGAUGCGAUAGCAUCCCCACUCCGUGAGUCAUCUGAAAUAUCUGAUAUUGCUUCAAAUUCUGAUGUUAUAGACUUACAAACUGAGAAUGCUUCGGCAUCUAAUAUAUCUGAUAUUACUCCAAAUUCUAGCCACUUUGGAAAUGAUCAGCAAAAAAUAAUCACGAAUACUUCUUUACCAACUGAGGAUCUUGACGAUUCUGAUGAAAUUGAGCUUACUAAAAAUCAAAAUAUAAAAUUAGAUUUAAUACGAGAUUUAUGGAAUGAGCCAGACUCUUUGAGUCAUGAAAAAUCAUCUAAAAUCACAACACAAAGCUUAAUCAAUUUGUUUAGAAAAGCUAUACGAUCUGGACAUGAAGAAAUUUUAUCCUGGAUUCACUAUUCAGAUAAUUUUGAGAAUAAAGUUAUGGAAAUUCGACAUAAGACAGGAGUUAGCGAUAAAACUGCAAGAACCCAAAUAUACAAAGAGAUGUUAGAACAUCUACCAGGUGUUAUAUCAGUUGCCUUGCGAAUUAAGACUCUUAGGGCCAGAAAAAUUCAGCUAGUGCCAAGACACAUAAAUCAAGUAACUUCAAAAACCGUUUCCCUGGGAAACGAUCAAAAUCAUGUGAUCUCAAAAACCAUUACGAAACCCAUUACCAAGAAAAUUGAGAUGGUUCAUUCCGAAAAAAUCUUGUCUUAUCCCAGAAAGAUCACGCCAUACAGUGAUCGCGCUUCCUAUAUCAACACGAUAUUGAAAGACCAUUCUUACCUAUCAUUACGACAUAGUAAUCCCCGUAGUGACAGUUAUACAUUUGAUAGUUUGGGAGCGUGUCCGACAUGUCCUGUUCCCCAGAGAGCUUUGUCAGAUGAGAUUUUUAACUAUGAUUGCUUAUUUCAGAGAAAUGACACUUCGUGCCUGCAAUCAUCUCUAGUAAUACAUAUCUUACUGAAUAUCAGUACAUAG